AUGGCACGGCGACAUGGGCAGGCCGCCGCCCGCCUUGCCACCGUGUUCGGGAUGGAGGUGACAGGUGUCAGGCGUUCCGCACCCUCCGAGAAGGUGGACAAGUACGGCGCGCUUGUGGUGUCCGGUGACGCCGAGCGGGACCGCGUGAUCCGCGAGUCCGACUUCUUGGUCAAUACCCUCCCAGGGACGGAGGAGACAAAGCAGUUCUUCAACAAGGAGCGCUUUGCCAUGAUGAAGCCGAGUGCAAUCUACAUCAACAUUGGCCGCGGCAUCACGACGAAAGGGGAGGACCUCGCGCUUGCGCUGCGGGACGGCGUCAUCCGUGGUGCCGCUGUGGACGUCUUCGAGCAGGAGCCGCUCUCCUCCGCCUCCUCGCUGUGGGACAUCAGCGAUGACAAGAUCCUUCAAUCGUAUAUAGUAGCUGCACCGCGUGUAUCUCUGUGCGUAAUGCGCGUUCUUUUGUUGCGUGGAAUUAUUUUUAUUUUGGUAACGGAAAGUAUAUCGUGGGUUGCUUGCUUAAUAUUUUGUGAUUUCCUAAAUUUUUGCCUCAAUUUUUGUUGCUUGCGCGUAUUGGACACAUUUUUUUUGUACUACUACCAUUUUUUUUCCGUUUUUGUAAUGGAAUGUUUUUAUUUUCUGAGUGGAAUUUGGUGUUUGUUCUGCGUGUAUUAUUUGAGUGCCUGUAUAUUUUUUUCCUCUUUUUUUUACAGGUUUAAUUGCAUUUUUCACGAACUUUCUUAA